AGAGGGCCGUUUUCGUUUUUUUUAUAAACCGCUGUCAUCGAGUUUGCUGAUUCAGUCAGUCUUCAGUGAAUCAUUAUGGCGGCCGCAGACGUUGAUGUGCAAAAGCACGAGCUUCCCCGUACCUUGAAACUGUCCGGCCAUGUCGGGUUCGACAGCAUGCCGGACCAGUUGGUCAGCAAGAGCGUCCAGAAUGGGUUCGUGUUCAACAUCCUUUGCAUCGGGGAAACUGGUCUCGGUAAGUCCACGCUGAUGGAUUCGUUGUUCAACACGAACUUCGAAUCCCAACCGAGUCCGCACUCGUUGCCGAACGUAAAGUUGAAGGCCCAUACGUACGAGCUGCAGGAGAGCAUGGUUAGAUUGAAGUUGACGAUAUGUGACACUGUCGGCUACGGAGAUCAGAUCAACAAGGAUGAUUCAUUCAAAUCCGUUGUUGAUUAUAUCGACCAGCAGUUCGAAACGUUUCUACAGGAGGAGCUUAAAAUAAAGCGGUCUUUGUCUUCGUACCAUGACAGCCGUACGCACAUUUGUCUGUAUUUCAUCUGUCCUACGGGACAUGGUUUGAAAUCCUUGGAUCUGGUUUGCAUGAAAAAAUUGGAUUCGAAAGUCAAUAUCAUUCCGAUUAUUGCUAAAGCUGACACCAUCUCCAAGACGGAGCUGUCGAAGUUCAAAGCUAAAAUAAACGACGAGUUGAGGAAUAAUGGAGUUCAGAUCUACCAUUUCCCUACGGACGAUGAAUCAGUUGCGGAAAUCAACGCAACCAUGAACUCGCACAUUCCGUUCGCUGUGGUGGGCAGUACCGACUUUGUCCGUGUUGGCAACAAAACGGUCCGAGCUCGGCAGUAUCCUUGGGGUACGGUUCAAGUAGAGAACGAAGCUCAUUGUGACUUUGUCAAGCUGCGGGAAAUGCUCAUCCGAACCAACAUGGAGGAUAUGCGCGAGAAGACACACACCAAGCACUACGAACUCUAUCGUCAGAAACGUCUCGAGCAAAUGGGAUUCACCGAUGUGGACAGCGACAACAAACCGGUGUCCUUCCAACAGACAUUCGAAGCGAAGAGGAGCAACCAUCUCGCCGAAUUACAGGCAAAGGAGGAUGAAGUUCGCCAAAUGUUCGUCGUCCGUGUGAAGGAGAAGGAGGCGGAGUUGAAGGAAAGUGAGAAAGAGCUGCAUGCAAAGUUCGACAAAUUAAAGAAAGACCAUGCCGAAGAAAAGCGCAAACUGGAAGAAUCUCGCAAGAAGCUUGAAGAAGAGUUUGUUGAAUUCAAUCGGCGCAAGUCUCAGAUGGCAGCUUCCCACCACACCCUCACAUUGGGCAAAAGCAAAAAGAAAUGAAAUUUGUAGAUAACCGGACGAACGACACCCUAGAAUCACACACUUGGGAAUACACUGUCGUCAUUAUGUUUCCUUCGCACCGCAUAGCUGCUGACCCCAUCAAAAUUAAGAAUGCUUAAGGUAGGUUGGAAAAUCCGUGCUUCUUUCUAUGCAUUGUGAACUCCUGAACAAAAAGGAAGCCUUUUGCUAAACUAUAGUUUUAUUUUAACUUGAUCAGUUCAACUGAAAAAUGCCAAAAGACCAACGUAGCUGCAAAUCGCCUAGAAAUACUAUUCAUUCAUUUCAUCCCACUUGUAAGUACAAAGUGUUGCAAAGUUUUAAAAAAUACUGUUCAAAUUUAGCACAGAAACCGGUAAUUUCAUUUAUGCGUCACAAAAUUUGUUACCGGCUAAGUAAGCCACACUGGAAAAUUUACAAAAUUCAACAAAGGAAAUUCAAUACUAAUCAGGGCUAACUUAGCAAUUCUCAUUUCCAUUUAUCAUCAUUGGGUUGGAGUCAAAUCUAAUUCUUACCUAUAAUUGCUUCUAUUUUCAAUUUUACAAUAUCUUGCACAUGCACUGUUUGUCCAUCUCAUGAUGUCCGCCAUAUUGAGCUGUAAACCUCCUGUAACAUCUGUCGAAAACGAUGAAAAGGGUUAGUAGUUCUGUACACCUAGAUUAUAGGCGUACCCAAUUUCCACGAUAAACAUUCCUUUUGAUUUAAACAUUAUGUAGAAUUAGGUAUUGAGAUUGAAGCUUGUCAGCCCUGAUUAGUAUUCCGUGCCGCGUCAAAUGCGCUUUGCUUAGACCGAGCGCCAACCGAAUCUGGUAUCUACUUAUAGCCUAAUAAUAGUAAUUUUUAAAUAGCAAAAAUUGCAUAUUUCAAAAUCGAAAGCUGAGCUUCACUCCGAUCGGAUCUACGCACAGUUCAUUCUCACCAACAGUUUUACACUUCGGUGUUGCUGGGUGAGAUUUUGAAAACUUGUGCGGUAAAAAAUGCUUACAACAGCUGAAAUUAUCCAAAUAGAUCACACAUUUACGAAAUUACAAUAGAAGUCAUGCUGUCUGACUACAAAAAUACACCAGAUAUACCUAAUGGCACUUACAACAAUUGAACUAGCGCUAGGCUACAAAUCCUACCCAAAUUACCAUACUUUCACGCCUCUGAACAUUUAUUUUUUUUACAAAAGUUCAAUGUUUUGUAACUGUAUUGAAUGUUUUCAGAAAUACGUGCAUUUAUGUUUAAUUACGAUUUCAGUGUACUCAAAAUGUUGUACAUGAAUGACCUUAAAUUCCACUUCACCUUGCAUUCUAAUUUCGAUGAAAACCUUGGAUCAAAUAAUUUCAUAUUUAUAUGCGAUGGAAAAGCUAAGAUAUAUUUUAUUUUAAACGUUCUAGGUUAAAGUAAUUUCAAAUAGAGAUGUCUCUCCCAAAUAUAUAUUAUGUGGUCUACAAAUAUAUUCUGAUAUCUAAUACA